GAGAGAAAAUGCAGUGGUGCACAGCUAUCGGCACAGUUUCUCAGGAUUUACAGCACGUUUAACAGAUGCUGAAGCUCAGGCGCUUGCUCAACAUCCCGGAGUUGUUUCUGUUUUCCCUGAUCCAGUAUUUCAACUCCACACAACGCGAUCAUGGGACUUUCUGAGGGAUCAAUACAAUCUGCUAUACGAUAUCCCUUACAGUUCUGGUUCGAAUUCAACCUCAUCGAAUGGAGCAGAUACCAUAAUUGGCAUUUUUGACAAUGGAAUAUGGCCUGAAUCAGAGAGUUUCAAUGACAAGGGUAUCGGUCCAGUCCCAUCGCGAUGGAAAGGAACUUGCACCAGAGGUUAUGACUUCAAACCUUCCAGCUGCAAUAGGAAACUGAUCGGAGCAAGGUUUUAUGAUGAACCUGGAGUAGAGAAUCCACCAUAUGUGGGGACACCUAGAGACCACGACGGGCAUGGUACUCAUGUUGCAGCCAUAGCAGCAGGGAGUCCAGUGGCAGAUGCAUCCUAUUAUGGCUUAGCAGGAGGAACAGCCAAGGGCGGGUCUCCGGGGUCCAGGAUUGCAGUGUACCGUGUAUGCACGCCUAAUACUGGAUGCAGUGGAUCGGCUAUUAUGAAAGCAUUUGAUGAUGCUAUUGCAGACGGGGUCGAUAUCAUCAACUUAUCAUUUGGUCAACCAGCUGGAACAGAGUUCGAGUUCUCAAGAAAUCCUAUUGCCAUCGGAGCCUUCCAUGCUGUAGAGAAGGGCAUUUUUGUUGUUGCCUCUGCUGGAAACGAUGGGCCAGCACCAGAAUCUGUCGUCAAUGUCGCUCCUUGGAUGUUCACAGUUGGUGCGACAACUAUUGACAGAAACAUUGAGACACAUAUUCCCUUGGGGGGAAACAAGCUAAUUAAGGGUGGAGGUAUUGGCUUUUCCAAUCUCAAGAAAUCUCCAGUUUAUCCUUUGGCGGACAGCGUAUCUGUCAAACUAGACUCAGAAUUUGUUUUUGAUGGUCCAGCAAGUGACUGUGAACAAGAUACAUUAGAUGAACGCAAAGUCAGGGGAAAAAUUAUUGUUUGUGACCAUCUCGAUGAUGAUAUUUCAAUAGAAACGAGGCUAAAUGAAGUGAAGAAAAAGGGUGGCAUCGGAUUUAUAUUAAGUAUGCCCGAUGAUGAGCUCAUAACGGCACCCAAAAUGGGAUCAUUUCCGGGGGCAGUAAUCACUCAAGGAGACGGCAUAAAGAUUCGGGCUUACAUCAACUCAACAAGGAACCCGGUGGCAACAAUUCUACCAACUGUUAGUGUAGAUAAAUUCAAACCGGCUCCUGCUAUGGCUUUCUUCUCAUCAAGAGGCCCUACGUAUAAUACUCGGAACCUCUUAAAACCGGACAUUGCAGCACCAGGGACUGCAAUACUUGCAGCUUGGCGCACAGACGAUGCAGAAGUGACUCGGUCUGGCCAAAAACCACCGCUAUUUAACAUAGAGUCCGGUACAUCCUUGGCUUGUCCUCAUGUUUCUGCAAUUGUUGCAACACUGAAGUCUCGGAAUCCCUCCUGGAGUCCAUCAGCAAUCAGAUCAGCUAUCAUGACCACAGCUUUUCAGCAAAGCAAUUUGAAGAGUCCAAUGCUCGAUAGUUUAUACGGGGAAUACCUUGCCACACCACAUGACUUUGGGGCAGGAGUAGCAACUAUGUAUGGACCACUGAAACCAGGUUUGGUUUAUGAGACCGAGAUCACAGACUACCUGCAAUUUCUCUGCUCUACAGGCUAUAACACAUCAACAAUAAAACUCAUCUUAAAGACACUUCCAAACAACUUUUCAUGCCGUGCCAACUCGAGUGAUGACUCGGUUUCAAACAUGAACUAUCCAUCAAUAGCCGUUUCUCUGUCUAAGGAAAGAGAAACCAAGAAAGUUACCAGAACGCUAACUAGAAUUGGUGACGAAGAAUCACUAUAUACGGCAACCAUAACAACACCAGAUGCAUUGAGAGUUCGAGUGAGUCCAAACAAAUUGAGAUUUACAAGUAAGACGAAGAAACUGAGCUAUCAAGUAAGUUUCAAAGCAAUGUCUAGAGAAAGAGAAUUUUUUGGAUCAAUUACAUGGUCCAAUGGUAAGAACAAGGUUAGAAGUCCAUUUGUUGCCUCCUUUUGGUAACAUUUUGACGAAUCCGCUACUUAACCAGUCUAGGAGAAAAGGUGUUUGCAAUACAGUGUAUAGAUGAAUGUGGUAUCACCAAUUCAUCAUUUGUUAUCUCAUAUGAUUCCUGAAUAAAAAGGUUCUCAACAAGGAGACCAUAUAUAUUUCAUGA